AUGGCCGGCGUUGAUGAAGGUUUUCAGCUGCCCCCAGGCAAUUGGAUGGCGAGAAAAUUAAGAUUAAUAAAUGAUGAAAGCAAGACAUUAUUUCCUCCUAAAACAUCAAAUUCAAGGAAAUCUUACUAUAAAUAUGAUACUAUUUAUAGAAAGGAAUUUAAAGAAUCGGCAAAUUACGACCCAAAAGAUCGUCAACAGAUGUUCAUGCAGUGGAAGAUACCAGCCAGAAUCUUAGAGAGUCCGUCGUCGAGAGACAGAUCGAGUGUGGUGCCAUCUAGACAGUCCUUACAGGAACCAGAAAAACUAGCCAGACAUUCCACACUACCAGAAAUAAAUUUAUCAAAACAUAUAGAUCAAAUAAGACCGGCUACCCACAUGAGCAGCAGACCGAAACGAACACCAUCCAGAGCUCUUGGUACACCCGCUCAGAGUGCUCGUUUAUUUCGGGAGAAAAAGCCCAGUGUAGAUAUUUGGAGAGCAGAAGAAGAAAAGGCUAAAGUUACUAAGAAAUCUAAAGCUCAAGCCUUACGAACACAUGAUGACCAAAAACACAUCAUGGUAAAUAGGAUUAGGAAAACUUUAGAUCCAGAAGCCAGGAAAAUGGUGGAUAAAUGGUUGGAAUCUGCCACUGAAGCCGACCGCAGAAUGGCUAUUAAACUGUUUGCUACAUUAGACAAUAAUAAUUUACCUGAUACAGAGAAACAGAUUAGAAUUGAGGGAAUCUUGAAAUUAAUAAGAAGAAAACAUGGAGGUGACGAGCCAGACGAUCUGUGUUCUAAAAUGAAAUAUAUUCGACUUCAAGAUGCUGAAACUCGUAAUAAUAGAUGGAUGCAUGCUACAUGGCAUCAUUUACCCCAGUAUAAAGAUUGGGACCCUGUUAAUAAUACCAGUUCUAUGUACACCAGACCACACGAACCUACACCACAUGAUUAUGUGAUCCAUCCUGAUUGGGGAUAAAGAUUUGGCUGAUUGACUUAUUGAAGAAAAUCUAUAGCCUAUAAAUAGAUUUGAAUCAUGUUCAAAUCAGCUCUCUGUUAAGUUUUACAUAUUUGUUAAUAGUAUAAGAAUUGUAUAAGGGUAAAAUUUUGAUGUUUGUAUAUUAUCAUUUGUAUGUUUGUUUACAAUUAUUGUAUUUUAUUUUGUUUGUAAAUAUAUGUAAAUGAAUAAUG